AUGUUAGCUACCACUAACAAGAAUAGUGCUGGGACAACAACAACAGCACUGUAUACCCUCUUUUCUGCCCCCACCACCUUGGAGGCCUCCUCUGGACAAGGAGAUACACCAGGAAAUUCAUUAUUAACCUUCAAAACCAAGGGGUCCAAUAUGUGCAUGUUAAUAACAUGUUAA